GACAAGAGAGGAGGAAGAAGAAGAGGACGGCGCCGGUGGGUUAGGUGCCGCCGUCGCCGUCGUUGCCAAGCCCGAAGGAGAAAGAGAAUCCGCAAAGGGAGAGUGAGGGACGGUGAAGAGAAGCCGCGCUAACCCCGCAACGCCACUGCGUCAUUGCCUCCGUUGAGCGGUCGCCAUCAUCGUGCGAGAAAGGAGAAGGAGCCGUCGAGGGGUCGCUGAGCCGCUGCAGUCGCCGUCGCGUGUGUUUUUGUCACAGAAGCUUCCAUUUCCGUCACUUUCAUGUUGCGGAGAGAAAGAACUACGCAUGAGCCAGGGGCCAGGGAAAGGGAGCCACCGCCGUUGCAUCCUGGCUAUGCCGCCGUUCAAUCCCAUCGCCAUCCAUAAAGUCGCAAGGAGCAUUUGUCGUUGUUGAUUGAUGGUGCCAGCCUCGUUGUCGCGUCUGUAAGGAGAAAAGGUCACGUGGAGGAUGGAAAGCCGCUGCGUGCCGUCGAUGUUUCACCGUGGCCAUGGAGAGGAACGUGAAUGGAAAAGGAAACAGGGAAGCUGCUACUUAGGAUUUGAGGAAAACGGCUCUGUUCUGCCUCGCCUCUAGGUUCUGCAAGUUGCCAGAGUCCUCAGCCACCGGGAACCAGCACUGGAGCUGCCCAGAAUCACUAAUGUUGCUCUCAUGGGAGCUGGUAUUGGAACCAUUGAUGGAGCUGCUGUGUUUAGUGAUUUUCACGAGUUGUGACAUCGAGUUUAAGAUAGCCCUUUUUUCUACGUUUCAUUUUCUUCAUGAUUGAAAUUGUAGAUAAAUGCUUUUGCCAUGACACAAUGGAACAGAUUGUUGAUUCUUUGUUGUAGUCUCUUAUCUCACAAGUCACCAGGAAGCCCCAAAUUGCCACUCACCAUCGUCGUACCAUCAUCAUCGCUGCAUUCUUCCCGGUGUCGCUGCCUCCUUCUUCCCGGUGUCGCUGAGUCUCUCUGCGGCGUCGCUGCUUCUCCCCUCUCCGAGGCUUCACCGCUUCUCCACGGCGUCCUUGCUUCUCCCCUGUUCUGUUUCUACCUCGUUGCUUCUGCUUCACUGUCUUGGCUGAUUAUAGAUUGUGCUUCGCUGCAUUGGCCGUUUGUGGGUUGUCAUCUGUGGAAAACUAUGUUGAAGGGGAAAUCGACCUUCAUUAAGGUCAAACUUUUAAGAGCAAAUGUUACAGAGUAAAAGUCAUGAACUUGUGGAUCGGACAUGAUGAUAAAUCUAUUUGCUACUUAGCUAGUUCAACUCUUCUUUGUUAUAUUUUUUGCAACAUUAGAUGAUAUAGUUCGAGGUUGUCAUGAGAGUAUAUAUAUUGUGGUAUUUUGAAUGUGAUUGUGGAUCUUACAACAAUUUUUAUAAGUCAAAUUUGAUGGAAAAUGUUCAAUUAUUUUUCUUUA